GCCCAAGUGGCCGUCAGCAUCGUUCGUGGCGGUGGACGUGCUGGUCACAGCCAUGGCGUACCGCACACCCGUCGUCGCGUUAGGGGACAAGGCAGGGGUGUUGCGGUGGUGGGACGUGGCGUCGGGGGCAGCAGGCACACACGCACUCAACCGAGGGGCCAUUCGACGGCUCAGAUUCGCCCCCACCCUCGUCAACUCGAGCAGCUGCGGUCGGAUCGCCGUCAUGUUCAACGACUACACCUUCGCCCUCUUUGACCUGGACGAGGGUGAGUUUGUGGCGGGGGCGAUGCCGUCAGAAACAGCGGCGUGCCUGCAGGUGUUGGAGAUGGACUGGCUGCCUCUGCAGGGGCCCUCCGCUGUGGGGCCCUCUGCCGCCCGCCAGCUGCUGUGCGUGGCGGCGGCUGACGGCACGGUGCGCCUGCUCGACAUGGCCACCAACGCGCCACUGAAGCAGCCAUUCUACCGCCCGCUGGCCUCGCGCCUGGCGGUGUGGCAUCGCUUCCGCCCUUCGCCGCUCUGCUCCGUCGCCCUCAUGCCCGCGCCCUGCGCUCUGGCGUUACGCCUGCUGCUGCAGAUGGGCGUGCACCCUGCAUGGCUCGAGGCACCGCUGCCCCCGGGUGCCCAGGGGGAUGGGGGCGAGCUGGGCGACGCGGAGGAGGAGGCGGGUGAGGAGGGCAGGGCACGCGGUGAUCUGCUGUCGUUCCUGCUGCACCGGGGGCAGCUGCCGGGCGGUGUGGGCGACCCCGCCAUGGCGGAGGUGCUGCUCAAGGGGCUUCAGCCCAUGCGCCUCGCAGGCCAGCUGAUGGGGGUGGAGGCAGCGCGGGCGUACAGCAAGGUGUGUGGGGGCGGGGUGGCGGCGCGGUGUGCGUGUGUGGCGGCGAACUACGGGGACAUUCAAGAGGCGCACUUCUGGCUGCUGCUGCCGCACGCCCUGCGCCUCCUCGCCCAGAUCUACUCCUCCCGAGCUCAGAUCUACUCCUCCCGAGCUCAGAUCUACUCCUCCCGAGCUCAGAUCUACUCCUUCCAAGCUCAGAUCUACUCCUCCCGAGCUCAGAUCUACUCCUCCCGAGCUCAGAUCUACUCCUCCCGAGCUCAGAUCUACUCCUCCCGCGCCCUGAUCUACUACUCCUCCCGAGCUCAGAUCUACUCCUCCCGAGCUCAGAUCUACUCCUCCCGAGCUCAGAUCUACUCCUCCCGAGCUCAGAUCUACUCCUCCCGAGCUCAGAUCUACUCCUCCCGAGCUCAGAUCUACUCCUCCCGAGCUCAGAUCUACUCCUCCCGAGCUCAGAUCUACUCCUCCUGA